CCUUCAAGACUUAAAAAGAACAGAAAGAAGCGCGGGCAUGUUUCCGCUGGUCAUGGCCGUAUCGGUAAACAUAGAAAGCAUCCGGGAGGUCGAGGUCUUGCAGGUGGUCUGCAUCAUCACCGUACUAACAUGGAUAAAUACCAUCCCGGUUAUUUUGGUAAAGUUGGAAUGAGACAUUUUCAUCUGACACGUAAUAAAUAUCAUCGCCCAGUUAUCAAUCUGGAUAAGUUGUGGACUUUGGUUUCUGAAGAAACGAGAAAAAAAUAUGAGAAAGAAACCAAAGCUGCACCAGUUAUUAAUAUUCUAAAUGCUGGCUAUGGUAAAGUUUUGGCAAAAGGUCGUCUUCCAGAGCAACCUGUGAUUGUUAAGACACGAUACAUUUCUAGAAGGGCGGAAGAAAAAAUAAAGAAA